AUGGAUAGUUUGAAACAGCGUUGGAGUGGUGAUCAGACCUCAAAACCACAUAUUGGUAUAGUCGGUGCUGGUCUCGCUGGCCUUCGAUGUGCAGAUAUUCUCAUUCAGAAUGGCUUCAAAGUCACUAUUAUUGAGGCUAGGAAUCGAGUUGGUGGCCGCUUGCAUCAAGAGGUCCUUCCAAAUGGUCACUUGGCUGAUGUCGGUCCCAAUUGGAUCCAUGGAACCAACGAUAACCCAAUGCUAGAUCUGGCCAAGCAAACGAAUACUGCAAUCAGCGACUGGGAUUCAACGUCUUGUGUCUUUGACGAAUCUGGCGAGCUCUUGUCCCUUAAGGAUGGUGAAAAAUACUCCACUAUCAUGUGGGAUAUUAUCCAGGACGCCUUCAAGCACUCCAACAGCAACUCGUCUGAUAUCGAUUCGAAGGAAAGUCUUCACGACUUCUUUGUCCAGAAGGUCACGGAGAGGGUACCUGGUACGGAAGCCGACCAUGAAAGGAGACGAAGCAUUGUCAUGCAAAUAUCUGAGAUGUGGGGCGCUUUUAUCGGCAGUCCUGUCUAUAGACAAAGUUUGAAGUUCUUUUGGUUAGAAGAGUGUAUAGAAGGAGAGAAUCUGUUUUGUGCCGGCACGUACAAGAAGGUUCUUGAUGAAGUUGCGAAGCCUGCUCUCUGGGGAGCCGAGAUCAAGUUCCAGACCAAGGUAGACAGAAUAUCAUAUCGAUCAAAUCCUGAGGAAAAGGCCAAGGUCACAACAGAGGGCGGCCACACACUCGAGUUUGACGAGAUUGUUGUCACCGCACCCCUUGGCUGGCUAAAACGAAACCUCGACGCUUUUGAGCCUGCGCUACCUGCUCGGAUUACCAAGGCAAUUAAUGCCAUCGGUUAUGGAUGCCUUGAAAAGGUCUACAUCAACUUUCCCAAGCCUUACUGGCUCGGUAAAGAAGGUGACGACCGAAAAGCAGAGGGCUUUGUGCAAUGGCUCUCCCCAAAUUACGUUCCUGAUCUGAACCCAAGACGAUGGAAUCAAGAGGUCGUGGAACUUGCCAGUCUGGACCCAGAGGUUUCACAUCCAACUCUUCUCUUCUACACAUACGGCGAGCAGUCGCAGUAUAUUACGAGCGAGCUAUUGAAGAUAUCGGAUCCCCAGAAGAAGGACGAGUUCCUCCUCAACUUCUUCAAGCCGUAUUACUCACGGCUUCCGCAUUACUCGGAGAGUAACCCUGAUUGUAAGCCGUCUGGCUUUAUGGCUACGGAUUGGCUUCACGAUGAGCUUUCAGGAUUUGGAAGCUAUAGUAAUUUCCAGGUUGGUUUGGAAGAGGGUGAUGCUGAUAUCCGGACAAUGCGAGAGGGUUUGCCGGAUCAUGGAUUGUGGCUGGCAGGCGAGCACACUGCGCCGUUUGUUGGUCUAGGCACGGCGACUGGAGCCUACUGGAGCGGUGAGGCUGUUGGUAAGAGAAUAGCGGAGGCUUAUUACGGACGAUCCAAGUAG